AUGACCUCCUUCUCUUCUCCUCCUCCUUCCUACCCUCCCCUCCUAGACACCCUCAUCAUCGGAGCCGGACCGUGCGGCCUCGCCGUCGCAGCAAGACUCAGAGAACAUACGCCCUCCGCCCUCUUCACAGACGAGGAACACCAGCGGUACCACUGGAUCAACAAACACCGAGGGAAGAUGAAUAUCGUCCGGGCACGCGGGGGGAAACUCAGGGGAGUGUCGUAUCGGAGACGCCGCGGGUCCGGGUCUUCAGUUUCGGACUCUGGAUGGUCUAGUUUGUUUUCUUCUUCUUCUUCUUCUUCUUCUUCUUCUGUCUCAGGGGAGAGAGAGGGAGCUGUGGAAUCGGCUAAAGAAGAAGAAGAAGAAGAAGAGGAAAAUCCGUCCCUGCUCGUUCUUGACAGCUCCGGAACGAAAUGGCUGAAUCGGUGGCAUCGCGCGUUCCAAACACUCGAGAUCCAGCAGCUUCGGAGCCCUAUGUUUUUCCAUGUGGAUCCGGGGGACCGCGACGGGAUGCUUGCUUAUACGCGGGAGAUGGGCAGGGAAGGGGAUCUCUGGGAGAUAUCCGGGUGCGUGGGGAAGGAAAUCAGUAAGCAUAAGAGGAAGAAGAUGAUGAGGGGGAGGAAGAGGAGAGAGCAGCAGACGAUCGGAAACACAAAUAUCGACGAACGAGACCGAAAGGACUACUUUUCUCCCUCGACCGGUCUCUUUGCAGAUUACUGUGAGAGUAUCGCUAGCCGGUACGGCCUGGAUACGCCGGGAUUGAUCAGGGAUUCCGAGGUGGUGGAUAUCCGGUAUGAUUUCCACGUCGAGUUGUCACCGCUGGACAAGAUCUUUACUGUUGUUACACGGACCGGGGAGGCGUUUUAUAGCCGGACUGUGGUGGUCGCUGUUGGGCCUGGGGGGAAGAAAAUCUACCCUUUCCGUUUGGAAGGGGACGAGGCCCAAGGCGCGUGCCAUAGCGCGGAAAUCCGGACGUUUCCGAGUCCUAAUGUGAAGAGGAAGAUGCAGCAGCGACGCGAGACGAAUGUCGUGGUUGUUGGAGGGGGGUUGUCGUCGGCGCAGAUUGCGGAUAUGGCGAUUCGCAAGGGAGUGAGUCGGGUUUGGUUUCUCUUGAGGUCUGAUUUUAAGGUGAAACAUUUCGAUAUCGAUCUGAACUGGAUGGGCAAGUUCAAGAACUAUGAAAAAGCAGCCUUCUGGUCCGCCGAUACAGACGAGGAACGCAUGGAAAUGAUCAAGACAGCCCGGAACGGAGGCAGCAUCACGCCUCGCUACCAGAGGAUCCUUCGAGAGCACGCUGCUCACCGUCGAGUCUCCAUCCACCCGCGAACCGUCAUCUGUAGUAAAGAGUACUGCAGUGUCACUCAGACAUGGCGUCUCACCACUGAUCCUCCCAUCCCGGACCUCCCGGACAUCGACUACAUUUACUUCGCAACGGGAAUGCACAUGGACGUACGUGAGUUGCAAUUCUUGGAGAAUAUGCACCGCGACUACCCCGUUGAGACUAUUCAGGGCUUACCUUGCAUCACGGACGACCUCAUGUGGAAGCCCGAUGUACCUUUGUUUCUCGCAGGGAGGUUGGCAGCGUUACGUCUGGGGCCUGGAGCGCCCAACCUUGAGGGUGCCAGACUGGGAGCAGAAAGAAUUGCCUGGAGCAUGGAGGAGGUGUUGGGGAAGCAUAAGGCUGAAGAUGCGAUCGGAAUCGACCAAUCAAGGGAAUGUUUCUGUGGACUGGGCAACAGAUAUGCGCAGUUAGCAGAGUGUUCACUCCAGCAUAUCUAG